CCCUCUCGCAACCGUCAAUUUCGCAACGACAGCAAUUGACGCCUUGCCCGGCCCUUGGGGAGCCCUUUUAGCCAGCGACGCAUCAUGAAAAGUCACGCAUAGGCUUCUUGAGAGCAAUUGUCUUUGCGUCCGCGACCCUCUCCCGCCAUCGGCAGCACUACGAGCCGCUUAAUACCCGCGCACUCCCGUCAUCAGCCGAGCGCAACCACCAUUGUCACCAUGGGCUUCGCAACCGGCUUCACGGGUGGCGUCACCCUGACGCUCUCCCUUGCCUAUCUGUCGGUGCUCGCCCACCAGCGCACCCGCGAGAACCAGAGCCGGCACCUGCGAGCCCAGGCGCUCGCCCUGCAGACGCUCGUCGACCCGAUCCCGCAGCCCCUGCCGCCGUCGCGCUCCGAGGUCGCUGCCGCCCAAAGGGCCGCGUCAGUCGAGGUCGCCAAAGACCGAUGGAACGAGGAGGUCGAGAACGCCGUCCGGUGGGUGCAGAACACGGACUGGGUGGACGUGCGGGAGGACCUCGAGGCUCGCGUAGCCAACCUCUGGGCCCGGGCAUUUGGCGGGGCCGUCGACGGCGCCGAGAAGGCGGGCGAGAAGCUGCCGCCCGCGGUGCGGCAGGCGGAGGCGGCCGCACGGGAGGCAGGCAGCAGUAUCGCCAGCGCCGGCAAGGCCGCAUUCGACAAGGCCAAGGAGAGGGGCGCGCGGUACGAGUCUGCGGUAGAGGACAAGGCCCUCGAAGCGCGACUCGCUGGCCGUAGGCAAAUCGAAAAGGCAGAGGGCGAGGCCAAGAAGAAGGCGUCCGAAGCUCAGGGCGUCAUCGCCUCGGCGCUUGAGAAGGGCCGCGACAAGGCACAUGAGGUCGUUGACAAGGUCAAGUCAGCUGUGGGCCUGGCCGAAGAGCAGGUUGCCGCCACCGCCGCCGAGGCUGUGAACGGGACGGCGAGGAGUCCCGUGGCAAAGGCGCUGCAGCAACGCUACGAGAAGCCCGAGGCCAAGGUCAACCGCACGGUGGCUGAGGUACUACAGGAGAGAUAUACGCCGAUAGAUAAGCGGGACAACACGGUGUUGAGGGGCGUGUAGGGGUGCAUGCGCGGAUCACGAUCGGCCUUUCUUGUGUGCGGAUUCAUGCUGGCGGAUAGAGGAGCUGUAUUGCUUGAUGUAUGAGUAAAAACGCGACUACAACCAUGCAUAGAGGGUGGUUUGAACGGGUGGGCUGCUGUGUGAGACGAGUUACUAGCUGGGUUUCCCCCUCCCUUGUGAGCUUGUGUCGAUUUGCGCGGCUUGAAUUUUAUAUAUCCGUU